UAUGUGCACAGCCACACUAAUAACGUGUUUUCUUAGCCACAGCUGAUUUUGUGUACAUUUAGAGAAAUGCAAAUUAAAAGUAAAUAAUAAAUGAAUUCAUCAAUAGUGUAAAUAAUAAACAGUAAAUGUACAACGAGACCACAAUGCGCACAGAAACCACAACAGUGCCAGCGGCGCUGCCAAUGCCGCAAAUACCAGUCACUACAUCUGUCACCUGCUGCUUCAUUCUGGCUGUAAUCUAUGUCGGGAGCCUCUACGUUUGGAGUACAAAGCACAGUAGGGAUCAUCCGAGCACGAUAAAACGACGAUUUGCAAGCGUCUCCUUUGUAAUGCUCUUUGCACCAUUCUUUGUAUAUUGUUUUUCCUCACCCGAGUUGCUGGAACGCGAGCAUUUUCCGAAACUGCUGGGAUUUCGGUGGCUAGGAUUGUGGCAGGCAAUUGUCAUUCCAUAUCUGCUCACUGCGCUGCUUUUUCUAGGUCCUAUCUUUGUAAACAUGCAGACUGAAUCCAUACGCAUAUACUUUGACUGGAACUACUGGAGCGGCUCCUUCAGCAGCGUUGUCUGGCUGCGUAAUCAUGUUAUGGCACCACUCAGCGAAGAGUUUGUUUUUCGCGCGUGCAUGAUGCCACUGAUCCUGCAGAGCUUUACUCCCCUGACGUCGGUGUUUAUAACGCCACUAUUCUUUGGCGUCGCCCAUAUGCAUCACAUUGCGGAACGCCUAAGUCUUGGCGUGGAACUGAGUACAGCCGUGUUAAUUGGCUUUUUCCAGUUCGUCUAUACGACGCUAUUUGGGUUCUACUCUGCAUACUUGUUUGCGCGCACUGGGCACAUAGUGGCUCCAUUUCUGGUGCACGCUUUCUGCAAUCACAUGGGUCUGCCAGAUGUGCAGGAACUUUGGCAAUUGCAGUUCUGGCGACGAAUUGUGGCCAUCGGAUUGUACAUUAUUGGAUUUGCUGCUUGGGUUUUCUUACUGCCCGUAGUUACGGAUCCACGGAUUUACGCUAAUACGCUCUAUUGGAACGUUUAAAAAUUGCAAUAAUUUAGAAAAAUUACCUACACGUAUUGCCAUAUGACGUACAUACAAAUGAUGGAUGCGUCCCGAUUUGCAUUUAGUUCCAUACCAUAGCAAUUCUUGACAAUGGGCAAUAUUUACGUAAAAUUAUUAUUUCUUUAAUACAAAUUUAUGUUUGAAUGCUGCGCCAAAUAAACUUAAGACUGCA